UGGAAGCGGGUAUCGUAGGGGUGUUGAAUGACCAGGUGUCGUCAGAUUCAGACCCACUCACUCGGCAACGUGCAUCAAAAGCAUUGGAGAUCUGCGCACGCGAUGCAAAUGGUUGCCGAGCUAUGUUAGCAGCGAACACAGCCCAAGUAGUGGCCCCGGCGUUGAAUGAUGAUGAAAAUGAUGUGCGAUUACAUGUUUACGAGGCCCUGAUCGAAAUGUCUACCGGGAGUAUACGGGGCGUCCGUGCGCUCGUCGCAUCCAACUAUCCAGCUAUGCUCGUCAGCAAGGCAGCUAAUGAGGUAGUUGCAAUGCAACCCCUCGCACUGAAGCUUCUACGCAAUUGCCUUUAUGAUGAUCAGGGUCUCGAAGAUGCACUCGGGCACUCGGCUGUCGAAACUUGCAUCACACUGCUCGGGAGCUUCGACACUUCUGUGCGCCACGAGGCUGCCAACACCCUUUCGACAUUGUGCUUUGCGGAAAUGGCCAAAAUGUCUGCUAUUCAGGGAGACGCUGUCACCGUGCUUAUUACAUUACUCAGGGACUCUGAGCAGCAUGUCCGAUGCGCUGCAACGGGAGCAUUGAUGGCCAUUACCACCACUGAUGAAGGGAAGCGUGCGAUGGUCCCACCACUUACUGAUGGCGAAAUCGAGUCUGUUUCUUUGCUUAUCCUUCUACUGCACGAAACCCACGACCUGCUGAUCACAAACACCCUCAAGUGUAUCUCUAAUGUCGCUGUGCAUCCACUGGCGCGCGGCCGGCGCGCUAGUGGUAGGUUAAGCUGGAAAAACCAGUUCAAUUAUUCAGAAAGAGCGGCCCAAACCUUCAACAACCCUUUAAGAGAACGUUGCAUCUCUACAAAACCCCCCGCUGUGGUCAACUUUUCUGGGACAGUUUCACAAUGGGAAAUCUAUGACAGAUACAUGAGCGACUAUGCUAUGCAGGUGGCCGAGCAGGAAUUGCUCAAAAACCAAGAGAAAAAGAAAUCUAAUUCGGGCAAUACCACGAACAGCGGGCCGCAGAAUACCAGUGGUUCGAAGGAGGAUGACAUGGUACACUCUCAGCGCAUGGGCAAUGCACUAAAGAUCCUGGAGCGCAUGGUGAACCAGAACGCAGAUGAUGAGAUAUUUCAGGACUUUAAAUACUGGGAGGAUGCGUCAGAUGCCUUCCGCGAUGGCGAAGGGUCUCUUCUACCUCUCUGGCGCUUCCACACGGAGCGAUCGAAGCGCAAGCAAGUAACUGCGUUGGCAUGGAAUCCGAAGUACCCUGAUCUCUUUUCCGUCGGAUAUGGUUCCUACGACUUCAUGCGCCAAGGAAGUGGUAUGGUGUGUUGCUUUUCCUUGAAGAAUACGAGCUAUCCCGAGUAUACCUUUACAACAGAAAGUGGGGUCAUGUGUCUGAACUUUCACCCAGAGCACUGUUCGCUACUCGCAGUCGGUUGCUAUGAUGGUAUUGUUAUGGUAUACGAUGUGAGACACAAAGGCAACCGGCCAAUCUACGCGUCUUCAAUCAAGACGGGGAAGCACACUGACCCGGUGUGGCAAGUGCAAUGGCAGAUAGAGGAUCUUGCCAAGGAGCUGAAUUUCUUCUCCAUUUCUUCAGACGGUCGUGUUGCCAAUUGGACCAUGUCAAAAAACGAAUUAAAAAUGGAACCAGUAAUGCAGCUUAAAUUGGUCAGCACAUCGAAGGAUGAUCCGGAGGAAACACUUUUAUCUGGUCUAGCAGGCGGUUGUUGCUUUGACUUCAAUCGCGUCUCCGAGCACCUCUUUAUUGUCGGCACAGAGGAGGGAAAAAUUCAUAAGUGUUCAAAAGCGUAUUCAGGUCAAUACCUCGAGACUUACCUCGGUCAUCACAUGGCGGUGUACACGAUUCGAUGGAACCCGUUUCACCCUCGAGUGUUCAUAUCAUGCUCGGCCGAUUGGACUGUCAAGCUUUGGGACCACAACAUUCCUACGGCCAUCAUGUCUUUUGACUUGGGGAAUGCGGUUGGCGAUGUCGCUUGGUCUCCUUACUCGGCAACCGUGUUCGCCGCUGUGACGUCUGAUGGGAAGGUGCAUGUAUUUGAUCUUGCAGAAAACAAGCAUGAGCCGCUUUGUGAGCAAAAAGUUGUAAAGCGUGCAAAACUCACACACGUGGUCUUUAACCAGCGGGAUCCGAUCCUUAUAGUGGGCGACGAUCGUGGAGGUUGCAAUUCAUUGAAGCUUUCACCAAACCUGAGGUUAAUUCACGAUCCCCUGGGUGAGGAACCUGGUGCUACACUAACAAAAGAAGUCACGACGCAACGCCAGAUCGACAAUAUGGAUCGGCUCCUGGCCUCAGUCGACACGAAACCUUACGAAGAACCCUCACGUGUCUUCAAGUUGCGCUUGUUCAAGCAGUGGGACAGAUCAGAUUGUCCUACUGAGCUGACAGGGGCAGACGAUGCAUGGUACUCUGUUCUUCUAGACUACCGGUCGCCGGGGGGUCACUUAGAAUCCUCGGCCGGGGCGCAACUUCAGCCUAAUGAGCCUAGUCGCUUUAGGCCAUUGAAUUUCGUCAACAUUGGCGAUGGCAGACCACUCUCCGAUCGGGGCUCUCUGUCCUCAAUCGCUGGAGUUAACUUACCAACGAUUGCCAAGGGGCUGUCACGCCUCGCCAUUCAUAUACCUCCAUAUACGUCUCCAGUGAUUGCAGCGUACGUCAUGCAGUUCCUAGGCUUAAAGAAGCGUGGAGCUAUUAAAACGGCCGUUCAAGAAGACUUCGAAAAAGUCAUGAAACCGCUCAAGUUCAGCGGGAACGAGGAUGUCAUUCGGCAAGGUGAUAUUGGAAAACACCUUUACGUCCUUGUAAGUGGGCAUUGCCAGGUUCUUGUAGAUGGGAAACUUCUCGCCGAAUACUUUGAUACUGGAUGUUUUGGUGAACUUGCGCUGGUGUAUAACGCCCCCCGGGCAGCAACAGUACGAACAACUGAGGAGAGCGAUCUGUACAGCCUUGACGUGGGGUCGUUUCGUCAUGUACUUCGCGAACAGGCUGGGGCCCGCGAACGCGCACACUUGGCGUGCGUGAAGGAAGUGCCGCUCUUGAAGACGCUGGAUUCGCGCAAACUCACCGCGCUGGUAAAAUCGCUUGAGCUCAUCAAAUUUAAAGACGGUGCUAAGAUAAUACGACAAGGGGAUGAGGGAGAUGCGUUUUAUAUCAUCGAGUCCGGCUCCGUUACUUGUAUUCGAGGCAGCACUCGAGUGAACACACGCGGUGAACAAGAAGAGCUAGCGACUCUCACAUCGCCGGAUUGUUUCGGGGAAAUGGCGCUCAUGGACAAUUCCCCAAGGCAUGCGACAGUCAUAGCCAAAGGUGAGGUUCACUGCCUUACGCUUGAUAGAGCUCACUUUGUUAAGCUCCUUGGUCCUCUGAAGAGCAUCCUACAAGCGCAUUCGUGCCUUCAUGUGCUACGUUCUAUCGAGCUUUUUUCUGAAUUAACAGAUGCAGAGUUAGAUUCAAUAGUAAAUGCAAUGCACUCAGAGAAAUUUGUUCGAAGUACACCAAUAAUCAAGGAAGGGAAGAAAGGGACCACCUUUUAUGUCUUGCAAACGGGUACUGCUGAAGUGAGCAGAGAUGGGGUGAGCAUUGGGCAGCUUCAAUCAGGAGACUACUUCGGCGAGCGUGCACUUAUUGAUGGUGCUCCUCGAAGUGCAUCUGUUUACGCAACCGAUGAUGUUGUGUGCUACACUCUAGAGCGAAAAAAGUUUGAAUCUCUACUCAUAAACACGGCUGGAACAGCUGGAAAGUUUGAGGAGGAAAUGCGACGUCGACAGAAAAUUACCAGGUCGAAAUGUUCUGGAAGUGGAGCUUUGAUUGGUCUUCAGUCGGUGCCUGCUAUGCUGCAGUCGAGAUCAUCUGAAAGGUUGCGCACGCAUAGGGACCGAAAGUACACGCUCAAGUGUAUGUCGAAGGUGCAAGUGGUAAAACAGCAGCAAGAGAAAAAUGUCAUUGCUGAGCGUGACCUUCUUUACGAGUGUGCAUCCACAUUUGUUCUGAAGUUACACACCUCGUAUCAGAGCCCGGAUGAACUUUUUUUGCUGAUGGAACUCAUCCAAGGAGGUGAACUUUGGCAGUACAUAUAUGAAAAGAAGCAUUUGAUCACGCGGUCGGCCCUUGGUGGCUUGACGACAAAUGCGGCUCAAUUCUAUGCUGCAGGGUUUGUCCAUGACGACCAACAGCAAAUUUUCCGUGCUAUUGUACAGGUUCUCAUACUGCAUCAUCGGGCAUCAUGGUUACGAGUUUCUCUGCAGGCUAAUUCAAAACUACGCUUUCCGAUGGGUAUGGAUGCAGAUGCCCAAAUGCUUAUCAAAGGGAUGCUAGAGGUCAACCCUGCACGACGCCUGGGGAAUUUAAAGGAUGGCCUUUCCGCUGUACCUGGGUCCACAUGGUUUCAGGCUACCAAAUUUGAGUGGACUGCACUUUCUGCUCGGAGCGGCACGACUCCAUAUCAACCACCUGUGAAGGACGCGAAAGACACCUCAAACAUAGACAUCAUUCGUGAUGAAGAAAGCAUCCCAAAAUCUUGGAAGAAGAUCGUUUUAUUAAUGCGCAUAUGUUCGGUUAAGCAGCGAUCUGGCACAGUAUACAUCCGUGGAAGAGCCGGGCGUAAAAAAACGGGGCCGCAGAACUCUGAAGUGCGAUUGCGAUCUUCUUCCUCCAUCGUCUUUAGACUCUACGUGUGA